AUGAACAAGCUCUUCCUGACCUUGCUUGCUGUUUUUGCUAUUUUUGCCCUGACUGAGGCGAACUGCUACGAUAAUUGGAGCCGAUGCACACCGCAGACGAGUUUGGGAACUGGAAUCCUCUGGAAAUCCUGCCCGGACUACUGUAAGCGCUGCAAGGGCAAGGCGAGUGGCGGCUGCGUCAAGGUUGAGAAUAAGGACUGCUCGGGAGGCUACCAAUGCCAAUGCUCCGGAGCGGACGUUGGCGCUGAUGGCAACUGGAUCGUCAAGGCCACCUGCAAACUGGGGCUG